CGCCUGUGUGCACUAAAUCAGGGCUCAAAGUGCUCUUAUUUGCCUGUCGGGGUAUUUUGUCUGCCUUUUUUCCAGCCGUUGUGUCUGAGGAACAUGGCAGCAGAUAGGACCCAGCAGACAGACUUGGCAAUCCUCACCUGUCCGUAGCCGUUUUUUGGGCUUUUCCGCACCUGAAGCUGACCGUAACGGAAUACCGUUAUCUGGUUUGUGUUCUCGCGCUCCAUAAACUCAGCGCUGCCUCGGCAGAACGCGAUGCGGUCGCUGUGCGUGCGCGCUUUGUUGCUCGCCUCCUUGGCGCUGCUCUUCUCAUCAUCAUCAUCCUCCUCCUCCUCCGGCGCUGAGGUCGUAUUCCGCUGUCCGAGCUGUACAGCGGAGCAGCAGGCGGCGUGUCCCAAACCCCCGACCCCAUGCACUGAGCUGGUGCGGGAGCCGGGAUGCGGCUGCUGUCCCGUGUGCGCGCUGCAGCUCGGAGAGCAGUGCGGGGUUUACACGGCGCGCUGCGGAAGCGGCCUGCGCUGUUCCCCGGGCGAAGGCGCCGAGAUGCCGCUGGACGAGCUGGUGAGGGGACUCGGGCGCUGCCAGGUCAGAACCGAUAAUACAGACGCGCACGAUGAGCGCGACCUCGAGUCCGAUUACGGAGAACCUUAUGCCACGAGGCCUCCGAUCCUGAGGAAGCCAAACAGAGAUGCCAACUACUGGCACAUGAGGGAGACUAUGUUUAAGCAUCACCAGAAUGAGCAGAAGACCAGAAUGAUGAACCGUGUGGAUGAGCCCAAAAACCCUCGUCCCAGAAUGAGUCAAUGUCAGCAGGAGCUGGAUAAGGUGCUGGAAGAGAUCUCCAAAAUGACCUUCCAUGACAACAAGGGACACCUGGAGAACCUGUAUGAGCUAAAGUUUCCAAACUGUGACAGUAACGGACAAUAUAAUGUAAAACAGUGCCACAUGUCCACCCACGGGCAAAGGGGUGAAUGCUGGUGCGUGAACCCUCAUACUGGUAUCCAGAUUCCUUCUUCCAUCAGAGUGAGAGGUGACCCAAACUGCAGCCAGUACUACGGGGGACCUGAGCUCAAGUCCACUACCAGCCUGUACAAAUAGAUGUGGAUGAGUGGAGCGACAGAACAACGAGAGACAAAGCUAGAGAGACAAGUGUGCAAGCAUAUAUUUUUGUGUGUCUGUAUGUGGAACUUAUUUCAAACCUGUUAUGAUUUGCAUUUUUAUUUCAUGAAAUAACAAUAGAAAGCACCACAUUCAGACAAAUGUGAACUACAUAUAUGCUACAUUUAAUGACAAUAGACUGGUGUUGUGUGCUCUUAUUAUAGCCUGUACAUUAACACAGUUAGUCUAGACACUCUUCUCAUCCAAUGACUAUUUGCUAGUGUAGCUGCAGUACAAAUCCCAGUAUGUAACAGUUCGUGCAACUUCGUCUAUUUGGUCCCAUUCCCACCUUCGUUUUAGAGCCAGGCUAACAUAAGCUACAACCACUCCUGUGCUGCUGCUUGUAUAACAUUAAACAUGUACCAAAGUAGGAAUGCUAAAGUAUAAUUUUAAGCAGUGUCCUGCUAACAAUGUACUUUAUUUGCAUGGAUUUGUUUUCUAUGUUUGUCCCUCCUUUUUGUGGUUGUUCCAUGUGCACGGACACCAUCAGUGCUGUUUACUUAUAUUCAAAACCGCCUCCUCUCUUUGACUCACCCUACCGAACCAUGUGGAGCUGCAUGCUCUGUACUGGCCUUGUCUGUGGGGUGUUUGCAGGGUUACUCAGUGCACAGUUGCGUGUGUGUAUAUAUGCAUGUGUAUUCGUGUGUAGCCAAAGUUGGCAGCUGAUUGACUUUUCCCCCUAUUCUCUCCUUCCAGUCAUAUGGGGAAAAAAUACGGGUGGAAAGGUAGGGAACAGAAAUUGUUACUAAUGAUGUGCUGACAGAGGUCAAGAUUAGGACACAAAGCUGACACUGACAAAUGCAAUAUUAAGUGGUUUAAGUACCUAUAAAUAAACACAGGUUUGCAAAUAUAUGCCUGCAAUGCAGAUGGGCUGUACUUUAUAUUUUGCUAUUUCACAAUUCCCAUGACUGGGGGGUGACUGGAGGGCCCGUUUGGCAUUUGGAAGAUUUAGUGGUUGGUUUAGAGGGGAUCUCGAGAUGUGUGAAAGGAUGCCGAUUGGUCCACAGGUUGAUGGGGGCUGCUAAGCUUGCCGUGUCAGGAGCUUUCCCACCUGGUCUGAUUCGUUUAGUGUAAAUGUUGUGCGCUUGGGCAGCGAUUGUCCUUGAAAGCUAUAGUUACAGUACAUUUUUUUCGGUCUGUGAAGUACGAUCAUGCUUGACUAUCUGUCUUUCCAUCUUUGUCUCUCUUGUUCUCCCUUUAUGUUUCUCUCUCUCUCUCUCUCUCUCUCUCUCUCUCUCUCUCUCUCUCUCUCUCUCUCUCUCUCUCUCUUUCUCUCUCACUCUGUCUAAAGUGUUGCAUUGGACAGAUUAAAUAGACAGGAUCCAUAAAUAGCAGCUGAUAUUAAGUCGAUUGUAAACAAAUGGUGCGUAGGCCUAAGAGCUCGGUGAAAAAGCCGUUCUACUCUCUUUGGAGAUUUCUGUGAGCUUUGCCUCUCAGAUAACAUAUUAACCUUCACUAGCUCACAUGGUGUUGCCAUGUCCAGCUCGCCUUUAAAAUUAGCUUUCAUAGAUUUUCUUUUUUUAGAGUGUAUUAUGGUGCUACAGCCUGGCUCUCCUAAACCCUGCUCCCCCCCAUGUGGGGUUUUGGGGCCAGCACAUAGGCUGCUGAGACUCUGGCUACGAGUUUUCCAUUUGGGCUGGCUUCCAAAAUAGAUUACUGCCUCCCCUCUGGUGGUACAGUAAAUUUUAUGGUAGUUUGAGUCUGACCUAGUUUGAAAACAAAGCAAAACCAAUUCCUGUGGUUUUUUGAGCAUAUUGAUUUGCCAGAGCUGUGCUGAAGGAGUGAAAGAAUUUGGUUGUGUGUGUGCAGAGGGGGUUGCUGUGCCAUGCCUGUAGCCAGAUGACAGAGGGAAGUGGUGUUUGCCAUCUGCUGCAGUGUAAAAAUGUCAGAGCUGCGUGCUGUUUGGACGGCUUCGGACAGGCGACAGGAAUUUCUUAAGCAAAUCCUACACAGCACACAAUGUACUAGCCUCACACACUUUCACUUUUUACAUUUUUUUCCCUUUUUUUCUUGUUGUUGUUGCAUUGCAUGCCACCGAGUAUUGGGAGGCACACCAGCAUCAGAUAGUAAAGUUUACUGGUGACCACUAAUGCAGCAUGCUUCUUGUAUCUUUUCUCAUUGGAAAUGAAGUGCCUGCUUGCAAUUCAAAAAGGGAUUGUGAAAGCCAUACAUGCAUGCCAACCAACAAAGAUAUUUUUAAAGGCCUGUAAUAAAUGACAAUAUGAUUAAACAUGUUACUUUCA